AAAUCGUAGAUUUUAGUCAAUAAUUUUUAAUUUUUCGAAUAAUUUUUAAGAAUCUUUAUUUUACAAAACGUUUUAAUUUAUGGUUCAAUCAGCUGGAACAGUACAUUUUGAUCAAUCAGAACCUUUAGUGUUUUAUUACGAGUCAUUUAAACAUAAUUACUCAGAAACUAAAACUAAUAAUAAAAACAACCUAAGUAAAAAAAACUUCAAUACUGGAAGCUUCACUGUGCCAGAACAUCUACCAGUUUUCCGUCAGUUCUUCAAUUUUAAUAGUGGAAAAGGUAACAAACAAAAAAAGUAUACCCGCAAGGAUUCCAUAGAUCCAAGUAAUAGACAGGAUCCAGAUGAGACGUUAUCCUCGAUUUAUAAUACCAACAACACUGAUAGCCCUCUUCUUUUCAGCGAUAGUGGCAGUGAUCCUGUCAAUGAUCACGAUUCCGAUUUAAAUAAUGGAGUAACAGAAAAAAAUGAUUCAUCACAAGAAACAAAUGGGACGGAGCCAGUAUCAGAAGAAAAGGUGUCCAACGCUACGUAUUUUUAUAAGAUUCUGUUUCACCUGAUUGACAUUGCAUCCGAUGGAAGCCGUUUCAAGUGUUGCAAAAGAUCACCAGUUAACCCGUGUGAACCAUGUAAGUUCGUGGAGAAACUAAUAUACACAUAUUUUGAUCUCACGACACUGGAGGAUGUAAUUGCAGACAGAUCUGACAAAGGAAUCUGCGGAUAUAUAUACUGUUGUAACCAGAUCGAGAAAAGUUCCGGAAGCUCGAAGUAUAAAAUCGAUGUGGUAUCAAAGAGCGUAUAUGAUAGGGAGGAAUGUGACUCAUUUUGCUCAACAACGUGCCUGAAUGAAAACCAGAAGGUCAGCGCCAAGGUAUCACUGUCCCCGGUGGAACUUGGAACAUUCACUCCAAGAGCAAUGAGAAAUGCAAAUAAUGACACUCUGAAGAAACUGUACGAAGACGUUUUCAGCCUCAGGAACUGUUUUGGCUCAUCUAUAAAUUUUAACCUUAAUAAUGUAACAGGCGGUACGACAGAUGUAGGGAUUCAGGACGUUAGUUCACAAGACACUCCUAUUAAACGCACGGGAAGUAGUGAAAAGGUGGUGAAUAGAAGUACAGAUUUAAUAAGCAGGAAGACAACGGAAAUUGAGGAUAGGCCGUCAAAGAACUCACUAGAGGAGAAAAGACAAAGGAUUGACACAUUUGAAAUAUUUGAAGACUUCGACUCGUCAGAUGAAAUGUCAGACUCCUCAAUGUCAGAAGCAAAUGUCAAAUUUUACAAAGACCCAGAAAAACUCGUUUCAAUUUAUAAACCAUCUCCUCACAAUACAGAUUUGGCAGACAACACGACCACUUUCUACUCAUUCGAUCGCGAAAGCCUGGAUUUGUCAGAACCCGAAGAUUAUUUAGAGGAUGAUUAUUUGGGCAUUUUCUCAUGGUUGUGGUACGUUCUGAGUAAUUUCAUUACAAGUAACACUCGUGAUUUUCUUAACUCAGGAAUAGUAACUCAAAAUACCUAUAACGAAAGUUUCGAUGAUUUGUAUGACCAGUGUCUGAAAGGAAUACCAAAGAGCCUUGAUACAUUAAAGUUACACAUACACUACUUAUUGUCAACAUUUAAACCAGUCAAGAAUAAUCUACUCAACACUAAAAUCAUGGAACCCCUGGCGUUUACGAUUAAGUAUGUGAUUCUAAAGAAUAGGAACCAUCUGCCUCUGAAUUACGACUCAAAUUUAUCAAAUAACUGGCAUGAUUCCAAUACACAGGAUCUAGACUCAGAGUUAGACGAUAUUGUGUUUGAAGAACCAGAAGAAACGGAUAAUUUAGUCUAUGGUGAAGAAGCACUAGAUGUAGAUUAUGAAAUGCUAUUAGAAGAUGUAAACAGUGUAUUAAAUAACCGAUUCCAGCUGGACCAAGAGUCAAUAGAUAUACUAUCUGAGCUUUUCCUGGACAAUUGAAACAUUUUAAUCCACACCCAAUUAGUUAAUUUUAACUUGUUUAUCUUAGUUUU